GUUCACUUGAUUGAUCUAAGAUUGGAUCUGAAUGAUUUUUUUAUAUGAGCUGUCUCCUCUUCUCCAAAAUUAUAAGUUGCAGUUCCCAUACUGUAACCGAGGAUUGAGUUACUGGUCUUUAUUGCAGUUGAAUUCUGUGGACAAUAAACAACUAGAAGUCACGUUUCUUGCGCUAUUUUUGACUAGCAUCUUCGUCAUCUGAGGAGGGAUUUUUACUUACCAAAUCCGCAAAUUAUAACGAUGCAUUUCUCAACUGUUCGACAAACGUACAAGUCAUAAUGUCAAACGACCAUCUUGAUUCAUGGACGUGCCCAUGCUGUACCUUAACGAACAAUUUCAUUUCCAAAGCAUGUGCCGCCUGUCAGGCUACCAAUCCGCUUGUUCUCCGAAGCUUUGAAGCUGAAGAACAAGUUCUUGCGGCAAAAAGAUCUAUUGCAGAUGGUAAGGAAUUGGAACGUGCUAGUCAGACAUCACAAAAUUUCGUGAGUGUUACAUCUUUACGAGACAGCAAGGACGAAAUAGACCCAUGGGUUCAAGCUGAAUGUGAAUGGGCUCAUAUCGAGUCGAGCCAAAACGUACGAAAGAGUACGCAGCCACUCUAGAAUGUGUUAUCCAUCCGUUAUCUAUCCCAGCUACAUCAAUGGAUGGGAGACAAAGUAAGUAGUAAAAGUCGAGAGCCACUAAUUUUUAAGCGGGUAU